GACGGACGUUUCCAAAGAAGGGUCAGACGUGUGUGGUGCACUACACAGGCCAGAUAACUAAUGGAAAGAAGUUUGAUUCCUCCAGAGACAGAAACAAGCCUUUCAGGUUCAAGAUUGGCAGGCAAGAAGUCAUUAAAGGAUUUGAAGAAGGUGUUACACAGAUGAGCUUAGGACAAAGAGCCAAGUUGACCUGCACACCGGAGAUGGCCUAUGGAGCCACAGGCCACCCUGGGGUCAUCCCUCCCAAUGCUACUCUCCUCUUUGAUGUGGAGCUUCUCAGGUUAGAGUGAAUCUUCUCGAGGGAGUUGGCUGGAGACAUCUGUUAAUGACCAUCCGUUCUUUCUCGCCUGGCUGGCAGCAGGAGAAAUCUUCACUGGAAUCCCAAUCUUCCCUGCUCAAGCUGUCCUGUCCAUAGCGCCUGCCGUUUGGUUUCUUACACCUUUCUUCUCUUUUUUUAACUUUGUGGUGUCCGUAUUUGCCUUUUAUUAGGAGCUUUGCUUUGGGAAAAAUGUGUACUGUUGUAACAUUUUCAAGUUGUACAUUUUAUUUAAUUUGCAUGU